UUUCUGUGGUUUUCAGAAGAGGAGACGAGCGUUGUCUUCGUGAACGCCGAGAUGAACUGGGAAGAGGCUCAGAGCUUCUGCAGGGAUCACUACACUGACCUGGCCUUUCCCAGGAGCCAGGCAGAGAACGAGGAGAUAGCAGCAGAGAUACCAGGCGGCGUGUUGGGCUGGAUCGGCCUCUACAGAGAGUCCUGGAAGUGGUCGGACGGACACAUGUAUCUGUUUCAGAACUGGCUACAGGCCAAACCUGACAGUCAGAGCGAGCUUUGCAGCGUUGCCAGAUUUAGCAGCUCUGGCGGCUGGGAUGACUGGAACUGUGACAAACUGAAGCCAUUUAUCUGCCAUGAUGACCCUCAACCCUUCACAACACAAGUGGUGAAAGUGAAGCUGGUGUUGAACUCGGCUCUGGAUCUGAACGACCCGGCGGUUCUGGAAAACAUGAAGGCGGAGCUCCGCCUGAUGCUGGAUCAGCAGGGCCCAGACGUCAAGCUGAGCUGGAAGAAACAGCAGGACGGAAAAAUCUUCCACCAGGAGGAGGAAGAGGAGAAGCUGCAGUGAGACGACGACAAGCUGAUGAGACUUUCU